AUGACCACCAAUCCCAGUGCCAAUGGACGCACUGGAGUCCUCCCGGUCACCCUCCGCGGCGGCAGCGACGGCACCGGCGACCAACUCGAGCCGCAGAAACCCAACAAGGCCCCCGCCACGGGCGUGCAGGCGGCCGGCAUGCGCGCCGUGGCCGCCCGCAUGGUCGCCUUCUACUUCCGAGCGCCCGUCAAGGCCUUCUUCCGCGGCAGGAUCGACUACAUGGGCUAUGCGCGCGCCAUCAACCCCCACAUCGCCGCCCACGCCCGCUGGAGCUGGAGGACGACGACGCCCGCCAUCCUCGCCCACGCCGUCCGCACCGAGGGCUGGGCCUUCAUCCCGAACCAGGUGCUGCCGCCCCUGCUGGCCAACACGUGCAUUGGCGCAGUCUUGUACACCGUCUACCUGCACAGCUUGUCGAGCCUCCACGAGCCGAGCUCGCACCAGACGAAGCGCGUGUACCCGCCGCCCUCGCCCUCGACGACCUUCACCGCCGGCCUGGUUGCAGGCAGCUUCCAGUCCAUCGUCGCCGCGCCCUUUGACGCCCUGCAGACGCGCUUCCGCACCGCAGACCUCCUCGAUGGGAAGUACAAGACCAUGUGGCACUACGCCGGCCACAAGCUCCGCUCCAUUGGCCUACAGGGUAUCUUCGCCGGCUGGUCGCUGUCGCUCUGCAAAGACGCGCUUGCCGCCGCCGUCUUCUUCAGCGCCUUCGAGACGGUCAAGAGCCAAGGCUACUACAGCUUCGUCGCCUGGCACUACGGCUCCCGCACCCGCGACUCCAUCCUCGGCUCUGCCCCGCUGAGCGUCCACGAGCACCCCCACCGCGACUCCAUCCUCAACCCUGCCCCGCUGAGCGUCCACGAGCACCUCCACCACGACACCCGGCCCGUCAUCAAACCCCACUUUGCGCUCGAGCCCACGUUCCUCCUCCUGGCCGGCAUCUCCGCAGGCGUCUCCAGUCAAAUCAUCCAGCACCCGCUCACCGAGAUCCAAGACGUGCACUACCGCCGCCUCGAAGCGCUCGACUUCCAAGCCCACGAAGAAUCCCGCCCCGGCCAGAUCAUGCGUCGCUACUACCACGCCUACGAGCAGACCUUCGCCCAGUGCAAGACGCUCGCCAAGCGCGCCGGCGGCUGGAGAAAGUACCUGUACAAGGACUUCUGGGGCAACACCAUCCGCCAAGUCCCCAGCACGAGCGCGGGCCUCAUCGUCUUCGAGCUCGUGCGCCGCAAGUACUCGUUUGAAAACGACGAGGAGGUGACGAUUGACCGCGCGGAUUCGAAAAUCCUGCUGCGGUGA